AUGGCUCCUUACAAGGCACUAUACGGCAGGAAGUGCAGAUCUCUGGUGUGUUAUGAAGAAGUUGGCGAAUGGAAGUUAGCAAGUCCAGAGUUGGUUCAAACUACUUCGGAGAAGAUUCCUAGUAUUUGUGAGCAAUUGAAGACAGCUUUUAAUAGGCAGAAGAGUUAUGCAAAUCCGAAAUGGAAGCAUGUGGAGUUCAGUGUUAGGGAGUAUGUAUUCCUGAAGGUGUUCCCUAUGCGAGGCGUGAUGCGGUUCUCUAAGAAAGACAAGUUGGCCCCUUGUUAUAUGGGACCCCUUGAGAUUAUUGACAGGAUUAGAGAGGUAGCAUACAAGUUAGACUUGUCGCCUAAUUUCUCGCAUGUGCAUCCAGUAUUUCACAUAUCCAUGUUGGGGAAGUACAUUUUGGACCCUUCGCACGAGUUGCAACCUCAAUAUGUGGAAGUGAGCGAAGACUUGACUUCCAAAGAGUGGCCAGUCAUGAUCGUGGAUACUUAA